ACCUCGCCACGCAGCAGCAGCAGCAGUCUUUCUCUCAAAUUGAGUUUGUUUCUCCACAAUAUCUGAUCAAACGCGCAGAUGUGGCCAGUUGUGAGACUUAAUCUCACAUUAUGCCUCUUUAUCGAGCGACUGGCGGUCGGUUGCAAGCGGCACAAGUGAUUUGCGUCGGUUUGGAUGAACCUCAACUCCGAGAAAGCACUUUUUAUUUCCACGCUGGACGUCAUGUGCACGUUGGCGGAUUUUACGCGCAGAGAGCCGCCGAGUGCGUCUGAUUUGGGAUUACACUGACACUGGACGUGUUUAUUUUUUUUCAAAAAAAAAGAGAGGGAUUUCCCAGACGGCGUCUGCGUCUGGUCCGCCGUCCUCCGGGUUCCUGCAGGACUCCAUGCAGUCGCGAAGGCAGAGGAGUGAAGGGCGACCCCGAGCUGGAUGGAUGGUUAUGGGGAAGAGAGGCAGACCCUCGGCGCUUGAAGUGUGCAGAGUCCUCGCUGUCUUCCUAUCGCUCUUCCCUCCAGUGAGUCUGCAGUGCAAGAUCCUCAAGUGCAACUCUGAAUUUUGGGCCUCCACGACCAACUCCGGGCCGGAGGAGGAGUUCUGCACGGCGCUGCGCGCGUACAACAGCUGCGUGCGGCGUACCGCUCGCACCUGCCGGGGCGAUUUGGCGUACCACUCGGCCCAGCAUGGCAUCGAGGACCUCAUGAGCCAGCACAACUGCUCCAAGGAAGGACCCACGUCUCAGCCGCACACCCGCAGCCCGCUUACCCCCGCGCCCCCGCCGCUGCCGCCCGACAGCCAAGAGCGCUCCGACGGCCCGGAGGUUUGCCACUACGAGCGUAGCUUCCCGCGCAACGCCGCGCAGCGCAACUUCACGCACUGCGGCUUCUUCGGAGACCCCCACCUUAGAACCUUCGGGGAUGACUUCCAGACGUGUAAGGUGGAGGGCGCCUGGCCGCUCAUUCACAACAAAUAUCUGUCGGUCCAGGUGACCAACACCCCUGUGCUGCCCGGAUCCUCAGCCACUGCCACAAGCAAGCUAACAAUCAUCUUCAAGAACUUCCAGGAGUGCGUGGACCAGAAGAUGUAUCACGCCGAGACGGACGAGCUCCCCGCCGCUUUCGCCGACGGCUCCAAGAACGGCGGCGAGCGCCACGGCGCUAACGCGCUGCGCGUGGUAGAGAAGGUGCCCGGCCAGCACGUGGAGAUCCAGGCCCGCUACAUCGGCACCACCGUGGUCGUCCGCCAGGUGGGCCGCUACUUGACGUUCGCCGUGCGCAUGCCCGAGGAGGUGGUGCGCUCGGUGGAGGAGGACGACAACCAGGACUUGUAUCUCUGUCUGCACGGCUGCCCCGCCAACCAGCGCAUCGACUUCAAAAAGGUCCGGACCCAUGCCGCCGCCGGGACCCACGGAUUCACCUACCGGUCGGCCAAGGCCAAGUGUAAGGAGCGUCUUCCCGUAGAGGAUCUGUACUUCCAGUCGUGCGUCUUUGACCUCCUCUCGUCCGGGGACAUCAACUUCACCAUGGCCGCCUACUACGCCCUGGAGGACGUGAAGAUGCUGCACUCCAAUAGUAAGCGCUAUCACAUCUUCGAGAAGGACGCCUUCACCAGCCACGCCGCGACCCACGCACCGGGCACACGCUUCCUCAACCUCUUCGCCAUCCUCUUGUGCUGCACACUUGCUCUACAGCCACUUUAACACUGACCGCUUUAGAGGCCUCGUGUCGUUUGGAAGCUUGCGAAAGGGGGUGGCCACAUUUCUCACAAGUUUCUGGCAAGUUUUCAUGGGAAUUUAAGAUGGGGAAUUGUGGAAAUAUUCCAAAUUGGAAACGUUCUAUGGGAAUUGAUGUCCCUGCAAAAUACAUAGCUCUCCUUUCCCACAUGCGAGGGCAUGAACAGUACCUUAAUUACUCAUGUUUUUCACUUCACUCUAGCGGCAGCGUACUUGCUCGUACCUCAGAUUUUGGCUCGUAACACGAUGCAAAAAUUCGAGCAACGACUCAUAACUAAAAAAAACUUGUAAAUUGGGGCACGCGUACUUCAAGAGACUUCCGUAAAUAAAAUAUGGGGAUGGGCGAGUAUCGUUAUCACCGGUAUCGGGUACUUGUGAAGCCUGCCAGUACCACCCACUAAUACUUAAGGCAAAACAAAUUUGACAUGGAGAAAGUCCUCCCCGCCAGUACUUGGCGCUAUAUUGCAGCGGUUUGACACAUGGGCUUAAUAUCAUGAGAAAAAAGAGAGAAAAGUCUUUGUUCACAAUUAUCUGUAAUUCUGUUAAUUGAAAUGUUAUGUAUCAAAAGUACUAAUGGUAUCAGUACUCUGUAUCGGCGCAUACUCAAGAGUGAAUACUCGCACUGGUAUCAGUCUGAAAAAGAAUGGUAUCGAACGUCCCUAUUAAAAUAUAUUUUACCCUGAGCCAGCCUUAAAUGUGGCAAAAUCCUCAUUUAUUGCCAUAAAUUCUCAUGAAUGGUCGUGGAAAGUUUCCAAUUUUGAGGAUUCCUGGAUUUUUGCAACGCGAGUUGUAUGCUCACGUUUUCCUCACGGGGACCUGGGAAAGUCCACCUGCGAUUACGUUCACUGGACUGUGUGGGAAGUUAGAUGGUUUCCUGGGUGAUCCUCCAUGGAAGCCAAGCCAGGGAAGCCCGAAAAAGGACAACAUGGGAGCUCAAAGUUAUUUUUGUCACAGGCCACAUUGUGGUUACGAUUUGCCUCAGAGGGCCCUUAUGACUGUGAAACCAUCGAAAUGUUUUGUCAUAUUACAUAUCCCAAAUUCCCCCUGAAUUUGUUUUGUAAUAUGCUGUAGGUAUUUCUGGGAUGUUUCAGGAAUAUUUCCAUGGAAACGUUUCCAACGUUGAAAGUUGUCUAAUUUUGCAACCAAUUUUUUCACAUAUGCCACACCUGGUAAAGAAGGCACCUAAUUUGAUAGAUGUAACGUUUAUUUGUGGCGGGGCGGAAUGGAGGUCACUAUUUGAGGAAAUACGCCGCACGUAGCAUAAUAAUUCACAUGGAAGUGAUUUGAGGGCUUGAGUCAUUGCCAAAGAAACAAGCCUCUGUGCCAACAUCUUUGGGAAUGUACAUAUAAUAUUGAGAGCGACACUUUACAAGCAGCAUUUAGUCCCGAUUUCAACCUGAGAUCUCUGGUGUUCUCUUAUUAGUCUUGGUUUGAUUUUAACACUGAAGUAUUUGUCACUGCUGCCCCUUUUUUAAUUUUAUUUUUUAUUUUUGGGUGCUUUGACGACAGCAGCGACGAGAUUUAAGUGAUUGUAACGUGGAAUCUCUGUGGAAGUAUAUCUGGGCCUUUGGAAAUUUAAUUGGGAUUUCUCAUUUUUAUUUUUUAACCAGCAAAUUUCUAAUAGGCGGCACGGUGGACGACUGGUUAGAGCGUCUGCCUCACAGUUCUGAGGACCAGGGUUCAAUCCUGCGUGGGUUUUCUCCGGGCACUCAGGUUUCCUCCCACAUCCCAAAAACAUGCAUGGUAGGUUAAUUGACAACUCUAAAUUGCCCGUCGGUGUGCGUUGAGUGUGAAUGGUUGUUUGUUUGUAUGUGCCCUGCGAUUGGCUGGCAACCAGUUCAGGGUGUACCCCACCUCCUGCCCAAUGAUAGCUUGGAUAGGCUCCAGCAUGCCCGCGACCCUAGUGAGGAGAAGUGGCUCAGAAAAUGGAUGGAUGAAAUUUCUAAUACUUUUUUUUUUUUUUUACCAUCAAAAGAUUCUGUGUCAAACUUUUUUCUAGUAUUGUCUCUGUGGUGCCUCAGUAAACGUGAAAUAUGAAUUAAAAUCCUCCACGAAUUCUUGAGUUCCAGAGAGGCCUGAAAUUCGAAUUUGUCAAGCUUAUCUACGUCACUAACGAAGACCUCCGCCUUCCCAAUACACUCCCGAAGCCACACGUGUCCUCUCACAAGUGGGGUCUUCUCCAUGGAGGCAACCAAUCGGAGGAAAGGGGGCGGUCUUAGCCAAAUAUGGACAAAACUGGGUCAGACAAAAGUAGCUGUCAGAAGGCCCUUUUCUGGACACUCAUGACAAAACCAAGGUGUUUUUUGAAAUGAUUACUCAUACUAAGUCCAUGUUAGAGAAUCACUAUGGAGGUCUAAAUGGGAAAAAUACGGGACCUUUACAACUCCGACGGUUCGGAUGUAUCGUGAUUUUCUUGUUGCAUUUGAAUUUGAAUUUCUAACUGAAUUUUUUUUUUACCAUCAAAUUUAUAUUACUGAUUUUUCUUUUUUUACCUUCAAAACGUUCAGUGUAAAAAAAAAAACUGUCUAAAAAAAUCUUCUCUUAUUAAAAGUUAGAUGCCACUUGUAUAUUCUGUAGGUAUUAUGUAACCUGAGUUUGAAUUUUUAACAAUGAUUUUUGCCAUCAAAUUUCAAAGUGAAAUUCAAUGUAAAAAAAUAUUUUUUUUAAUCUAUGGCUGAAACUCAGUAGUCUCAAACUAUAAUAAGAUAUGUCUGUGACUUGUGAGUUCUAAAUAGAUUUUUUUUUAAACACUGAAUCUUUUGAUGGCAAAUUUUUUUUUAGUAAUUUGACGGUAAAAAGGAAAUCUGUUAGAAAUUCAUACUAGGAUGGCACAAAAAUACCACAAAUACAAUAUAUGUGCGCCAUUGAAUUUUUGUCAUUGAAUUUUUCACACUGAAUAUUUUGAUGGUAAAAAAAAGAAAUUUAAUGUUGAAAAAAAAUAUCGCUGUCAGAAAUUCAAAUUAAAACUCAUAUGGCCCAGAUAUAUUUCCAUAAGUCUUGUUUGUAGAUGUGAUUUGUAUUGUGACUUUUAUAGUGGCUGAUGUGAGAUUGUACAUACAGUGUGUUAUUUUGUGUGUGGGUGUGCGCGAGUUGUGUUUAUUCGACUAUUAACUGUGAAUGUGAAAUAAUUUUUUUUAUUUUUUUUGCAUAGACAUGAACAAUGCACAACACAAUCUUUUCCUUUUGUGUUUUGCGCUGCUCAUGCUUGCCAAUGAAAAGCACUUUAUGUUUUCAUCCAGCUUUUGUGUUGAUGUGUCGUUGUUGUUUGGAAUUCAAAAGGAAUAAAUAAUAAUAAUAAUAGUAAAACAGCUGGGAAAUGCCCGAAUAGAUCAACCUGUAUGUUAAAAAAAGAAAAUGUGGUGCUACACCCACCAGCUGUUUAUAAUGUCAAUUAUUUAUUGAAUAAAAGAAAAUGUCUUGUUAG